AUGUACAUCGCAUUCCGCAUCCCACUUCUCAUCCCUCUAUUUCUUCUCCCAGGAGUCUUCUCCUGGUCCCCAUUCUCUCCAAGCUAUACUCCUCCAAGCUAUACCUCUCCUCCUUCAGUAUCAAACAGUUAUUCACCUCUCGAACAAAUCCGCUACACACUCGCUUUUGAAACUUUUUUGCUUGAUUCCAAGAAUUGGACUGCGUUGAGUUUGAUCUAUACGACUGAUGCGGUUGCGAAUUUCAGCAGUUUGGGGGCUGGUGUUUGGACGGGAAGAAAUGAGAUUAUCGUAAAUGAACAAAAAGCUUUGGGGGCAGUGGCACAUGGUAUUCAUCAAAUAACCAGCAGUGCUAUUUUGAUCAAUCCUGGAAACGGUGGCGAAGCGCAUGUUAUGAGUUAUUAUACUUUCAACCAUUUCGACACAAAUGCGGACAAAACAGCGCAGCAUAUAUUCUCCGCAUGGUUUAAAUAUGAAGAUCAAUGGGUGGAUACUGGAUCUUAUGAUGGAAGUCCGAGCUCGUGGAGAGUAAAGAAUAGACAGGUAACUCUGGUGGGCGGUUCUGUUGGAGGGGAUUUCGGGAUUGAGAAGCCUUAG